AUUUUUAUUUUUAUCCGGACUUUUAAAAUAAUCUCCUCCCAAAACUUGACGCACAAACCAUUGUGCGUGAGAAGACCGAGGAAGAAGACUCUCGAAUUGGGUAAAAUCUUCAAUGGCUUACGUCGAAAGAGGCGUAGUGAAAUCCAAUCGAUCCUUAUGGCGUCUGAGAACAAUCACUGAUUUCUUUUGGGCAAUCAUCAAUUUCAUUUCUGUUUUCUUUGCUACUAUGUUUUCGAUGGAGAAAUCUGAUGGGUAUAAGAAACAAUCCGGCGCCGGGAAGAAAUGGGAUGGUGGUGGCCCCGGUGGCGGCCCAUACGGUGGUGGUGGUGGCCCACGUGGACUGGACAAUGUUAGAGGCAUAGACCACAACUCGCUUCCGGCCUGUGGGUCCUGCUGUGGUGGUUAACAGGUACAGAUAUAGAUAUAGAUAUUCUGAUGACAUAAUCUUGCUCUUGGUAUUGUCAAGUGAAAACAAUAAAGUUCUGUAAGAAGUUUGUGUUUUGUGUUAUUAUGAAAAGUGUUUUGAAGGUUCGAAGAAUAUUAUGUGAUUACAUUUUUAUAUAUCCAAAUGUGAAGUCAUAUGUUCCAUUUUUUUCCUCCCU